UCGUCGUUGAGGAAAGAAUCUCAUCGAUAUACAGCGAAUUUUUAGACAAUCGAAAAAGCGUUCAUUCUUGUUUAUAAAACAGAAUUGGAGACAGAAUUUAACCGAGUAAGCUAUGGAUGUCGUGCAUAAUCCGUUCCAGCAGUUAGAGGCUGCGAAAAGGCAGCUUAUUAUGGAGUUCAAAGAAAAUGCAAAGUCCGCUCAAGAAUUUGAAUUUUGGAAAAGAAUGGAAACUGUAAGAGAUAAUUAUCAACAUUCACAAGAGGAUAGUUCAUCAGGAGAUACGACAGACGAAGAGCAAGACGAAGAAGAGAAUAUAUAUGGAGCAGGGGAUGAUACACAUUUGCCUCAAAAGGAUUUUAUAUUCCAGAGUGAUGGCAUGGAGCAUGACUUCAAUCAUAACGCCACCAGAUGUGAAAACGAUGACAGCAAUGGACAGGGCGCAUUACAGUUGACAGAAGACAAACUUGCAAUAAAUGAUAACAAAAAAGUAUCUGCUGAAAAGGUCAAUGAUUACAAGGUUGGAAUCAAAGAACUCUUUAAAGCAGCAAAGAAAACAGCAAAAAUGGAAGCAAAGGAAUCAGAGAAGAAAAGAAAAAUGAAAGAAAUAGAAGAAAAGAAGAAAAGAAAAAUGAAGGCACGCGAGACUCAAAGGAAAGGCAAACUACAAGAAAAUGAAAUAAAAAAAAUGAAAAUGGAGGCUGAAGAAUCUAAGGAGAAAAAACUUGCACGAGAAGAAAAAAAAAUUAAGAAGAAAAGAAAGAUUGAUAAAAAGAAAGCUAAGAACCAGAAGAAAUAUGAAAAAUGUGUCGCCAAGGGAGACGAACAAAAAAGAAAACAAGAAAUAAAAUCGUUACAUGGAAAAUAUAUAUCGCAGGGAGAGGCAAAACCAGUGAAAACACCAAAGUUGAUGAAUUUUGUCAGAAGCCUUGUUGGAUGUUUUCGGAACAGACAUUAACACCUUCAUGCAAACCCUGCUCCAAUGGAAAAAACCCAGUUUGUUCAACAGUUGAAUUCGUAGUGUCUCUACAUGUGUUUGUUUGUUUAGUUAUGAAAAUUUAUUUUCUGCCUUUGUUUAUUUAUGAAUUUGUAUUUUCUAUGAGAUUUUUGUUUAAU